ACAGAAAACCACCCCCCGCAAAACAAACUCACGUUCUGCGACCACGUCUUUGUACUCAUGAACCAGAUACCUUUUGAUGAAGAUGCUACAGUCAUGACCUGGUUUUAUUCACGCACUUUAUUGACAAUGUACGUACGUUAAAUAUGUCUUUCGUUGUUGUUUUUUCUUUGUGUGAAGAGAGGGUGAUUAAUUAAUUAAUUAAUUAAUUAAUUAAUUAAUUAAAACAUAUCGUACAUCGUGCAAAACUAUGAGCGACGAUUCAAAAAUAUGGAAGGUGGAUUUGUCCACAAACCAUUUCUCGUGGCUGACGUCUUCACAUGAAAUGCCACGUCACGCCAUGAUGGAGGCGAGUGUUGAUGGGCGUUCAGAGGAAGGGGUGAAAGGUCAAAGGCGAAGGUGCUGCAAUAAAAGGAUAUUUUUGGCGUCCGCUACAUCCGGAUACCGCCAUUUUGUCUUGGCGUGCCUCGCUGUGAUUUUAUUCCUCCUUACUUUUGACGUGACCGCGGUCAAGGGACAGCCUUCAGCCGCCCCCGCCAGGCCAACCUACAGGUUCCCUUCCUCCACCAACUUACCCAACGUCGAGGCACCAACACCGGUUUUUACGUCCUUUUCGACCGCCAACAACAACUACAACUACAACUACAACUACAACAACAACAGAAUCACAAACUACAACAACAACAACAGCAGCAGCAACGUCCCUCUAAAAUGGCCGCCCGUCCUCAAGAUCGGUCUAAUAAUAUCCUACCGAGGUGACUUCGGGAUUUCCCGCACUGACGUACAGGCCGCCAUCACCAUAGCUGAACAAAAAAUCCUAGACACCAAAUUCUUGCUUCCGGGGCUCCGCGAUAUUUCGGUCAACAUGAAGGAUUCGGAAUGCUCGGAGACGCAAGGCCCCUACAACGCUAUAGAGAUGGUUUAUACAGACACUGUUCACGUGUUCAUGGGCCCCGUCUGCGACUACAGUCUCGGUCACGUGACGGGCUACUGCAACGUUUGGGACAUCCCCAUAAUCACCCCCGGUGGCGGAUCGCAGUCGCUGGACAACAAAGUCGAGUAUAAGAUGCUGACUCGGAUGCAGGGUCGGUACUCGAUGCUGUGGCGACUGCUGCACUCCGUGAUGAAGAAAUUUCAGUGGGAGCACAUCAAGUUUUUGUACCACGACACCGGGAUGGGUACCAGCAGGUGCUACCACACGGCCUACCCGAUGUACCUGGGGGCACAGAAAUACCCGGGAAUCACGCCGUACGCGGAGACCUUCAACGAGAACAGGCUUCGGCAACCUUACGAGAAAGUUCUCACCGAGGCCUCGCUCAACGCCAGGA